CGCCCGUUCGCGUGCGACAUGUGCGCGCUAUCGUUUAAUCGGCAGCACGACCUCAAGCGCCAUCGCGACACGCACACCGGUGAGAAGCCAUUCUUCUGUAACGGGGGAUGUGGGAAGACAUUUACGAGGAAGGACGCACUGAAGAGGCACCAG